AAAACAAUUACAUAUUAACAUCUAUAAGUAGCUUUGAAUUUGCAUUUUAAAGCUUUAGUACAACCAAGAUCUAGGUACUAAACUUUCUAAGAAAAAUGCAUCCAAUUGGCAUAGCAUGCUUAAUUAUUUUAGUUUGUGGAGUAAAUUUGAGUUUACAAAGUCCAUUAAGUUGCAUGUAUAAACCAUGCGAAAAAGUACCAGAAGGCGUCCAUUGUCCUGCUGCUAAUGGCUUAUUUCCACAUCCUCUAAAUUCCAGGCAAUUCAUAAACUGUGGUAAUUGGAGAGCUUAUGUCAUGGAUUGUCCCGUCGGAACCAAAUAUCAUCGUAGUAAACAUUUAUGUGAUUAUUAAAGUUUAAAAAAAAUA